GAAGGCCGCCGCCGCCGCCGCCGUGCGAACAUGGCGGCCGAGAUCCACUCCAGGCCGCAGAGCAGCCGUCCGGUGCUGCUGAGCAAGAUCGAGGGGCACCAGGACGCCGUCACGGCCGCGCUGCUCAUCCCCAAGGAGGACGGCGUCAUCACCGCCAGCGAGGACAGAACCAUCCGAGUAUGGCUGAAAAGAGACAGUGGUCAGUACUGGCCCAGCAUUUACCACACCAUGGCCUCCCCGUGCUCUGCUCUGGCUUACCACCACCACCACGACAGCAGACGGGUGUUUGUGGGUCAGGACAACGGAGCCGUGAUGGAAUUUCAUGUUUCUGAGGAUUUUAAUAAAAUGAACUUUAUCAAGACCUACCCAGCUCAUCAGAACCGGGUGUCUGCGAUCAUCUUCAGUCUGGCCGCCGAGUGGGUCAUCAGCACCGGCCACGACAAGUGUGUCAGCUGGAUGUGCACCCGCAGUGGCAACAUGCUGGGGAGGCAUUUCUUCACCUCCUGGGCUUCGUGCUUACAAUACGAUUUUGAUACUCAGUAUGCUUUUGUUGGCGAUUAUUCCGGACAGAUCACACUUCUGAAGCUGGAACAGAACUCCUGUUCAGUCAUUACGACCCUCAAAGGUCAUGAAGGAAGCAUCGCCUGCCUCUGGUGGGACCCUAUUCAGCGGUUACUCUUCUCAGGAGCCUCUGACAACAGCAUCAUCAUGUGGGACAUCGGGGGACGGAAAGGCCGCACGCUCUUGCUGCAAGGCCAUCAUGACAGAGUGCAGUCGCUGUGUUACCUUCAGCUCACAAGGCAGCUGGUCUCCUGUUCCUCGGAUGGUGGGAUUGCAGUGUGGAACAUGGACGUUAGCAGAGAGGAGGCUCCUCAGUGGUUAGAGAGUGAUUCUUGCCAGAAAUGCGAGCAGCCCUUUUUCUGGAAUAUAAAGCAGAUGUGGGACACAAAGACACUGGGGUUGAGACAGCAUCACUGCCGGAAAUGUGGGCAGGCUGUGUGUGGGAAGUGCAGCAGCAAGCGCUCCAGCUACCCUGUCAUGGGCUUCGAGUUCCAGGUCCGGGUGUGCGACUCCUGCUACGACUCCAUCAAGGACGAGGAUCGGACUUCUCUAGCAACCUUUCAUGAAGGAAAACAUAACAUUUCCCACAUGUCCAUGGACAUUGCUCGGGGACUGAUGGUGACCUGUGGGACCGACCGCGUCGUAAAGAUAUGGGACAUGACGCCUGUGGUGGGCUGCAGUCUGGCAACUGGGUUUGCUCCACGUUGAUCCAGGAGCUGGUCAAGGUCUGCACCUUCCCCGCGGCACCCUUCACCAACACAGCCCUUCCCCGUGGCUCCGUGGUCACGGUCACGUGAAUGGAUAGUAGCCACUAAAAAACAAAGCAACAUUUUUAAAGAGAAAAAAAUGUAAGGUGUGUUUGGGGGCCUUUGCGGAACUACCUGUAGGGACGAAUAUGGAAAAAAAAAGUUCAUCUGUUGUGGUUCCCUGAGGAAAGGAAUGACUUCAGUGAGACCUCCUCAUGAGCAGUGAGCUCACAUGUGCUGAAGGAGUCAUUCGGCAAAUGAGAGUUUAGAGGAAAAACCAUUGAACAAAAGCGUUAAAGCAGUCCCAAGUGCAAACACCCUUCCCCUAAGACUUGCCGGCCCUCCACGGGCUCCUGUGGCUCUGUUGUUAGAGCAGGGAUUAGGAGAGGAGGACUUGCUGUCUCUCUCUUGAGGGGUGCAGGAGGACCCCAAGAACCCAGAGAUCUCUCCUUCCUCACUGGCAGUAUGUGAAUAUUCUCUGCACGUAGUGAUUCUUCUUAAAGAUCUCUGUUCUCUCCAGGUAGCACCCUUACCUGCACUCGGUGUCGAGAGCGCUCAGUUUCCUCUUCCCAGCCAGCCGGUGUGCCGGGGGCCAACCUUCCCCGUUGUUACCAAGUGAGCUGUACAAUUUCUGUAUUAACCUAGGCAGCCCACAUCCUUCCCUUUCCCCCAAAUGUUCCCUGAAGACAAAACGUUUUUAAUGGUGCUGUUAAUGUGGGAGUCACACAAGCCACCUGAUACUCGCUGCUGUCAGUAACGACUCUCAGAAAAUGGGAAAACAGCCCCGCUGGCAGCAUGAUGAUGAAGGGAGAUAAUCAGUCCGCUCCGUGGAACAGCCCAGUCCUCCUAAAAAGACACAUUCUGUUUGUAGUCCCAAGACGGGCCCCUGCGAUACUGUGGCAGUUUAGUAAUAAUACACCUGGGAAAAGAACUCCAAAGCUUUUUAAACUAUGUUGACUUUUCGUUGUAAGGAAUAUUAUCAGCAUCUCAUAGAAGGGAAUUAGUAACCCAGAGCAGGAAUUGUUAACCAGGUCCUGCACAGUAAUUCCUAACUUGUAAAUUGCUUUCAUAGCAACUAGUGAAUUCUCUUGUAUCAAAUGGCAUUUUAAAAGUUUUUGGCCAUUUAGUAACAGGAUGGGGAAGAUAUGGGGAAAGGGAGAGCCUGUCUUUUAAUAUUCCAAUAUUUAUUUCUUUGAUUGUUUUUAACAAUAGUACACGUACCUAUUACUUGAGGGCUAUGCAAGUGAGUGGAGAGAGGCCUACUUUUCUUAAAGACAAAUUUUAAGUAGAUGGCAACAGUAUUUUUGUUAGUCUUCCUAGUGGAUAUUGAUUAAAAACUCACUACUGCGUCACUGUGUUGGGAUCCUAUCAAGACAGCAUGGUGGUUCGCUGUGAUAUGAGGAAGGGAUUAAAUCUUUUUUUUAACAGCUGAAAGGGACUGUAAUAUUUAAGAUAGGUAAUUAAGAUGUCUUACUGGCCAAGUGACACAAAUGAUAGGGAAAGGAGUUCAGGUACCUCAUAUUUCGAAUAAUCUGCAUUAAAAAUUGACUUGCUUUCACAAAUAAGACUGAAGGGUUUUGUUGCUCCAUAUGAUUUUUGUGUUCUAUCACCUGAAAAAGGUGUUUGCUUUUUAAAAACUUUUUGUGAGCUCUUUGCAAAACGUAUGAUACUAAGACAGAAGGAAACUGGAGGGAUGAGCUCUUACAGGGCAGUUUUGAAUGUUAGCUCUUGUUCAGUUAAUGGUCCAGCUCAUGCAAAGGUGCUAUCCUGGGGAUUUUGUGAAGUCCUGAAAGGAAAAUAGGAUAUGAUCUGUUUCUUGCCAUUUUGACAAGUACCGAACUGUGGUUUUUUGUUUGCCUUUAACUUCUGUAAAAUGUGAUUUUAUAAUGUCUAUGGUCGACUGAGCACAAUAUCAUGCUGUAGCUUUCAACCUUCUUUUAUUUUAAAAACUGAAUGAAAAACGCAGUGUUCAAUAGAGAAUAUAAGGUUGUGAGAGCACCUCCUAUGGGGUUAAGCUAAUGUAAAUCAAAGAGGAAAGGCAUUAUAUAAGGGAGAAUUAGAGAGGGGUAUCGGCAAAAGGAAAGAAUGUCUCAGUUAACUUUUCUCUCCACCAGAGCUUGUUAGCACUUUUCAUUUUAGGGACACACAUCGCAGGCUUGUCUUGUCUCUACUGCACACUAGGGAGCAAAUGGGUAAUAUUUUUUAUAAAGGUGAGCAAAAAUUAUUUUCACAGUUCUGCUGACCGGACACAGAAGGAAGAUCCAACUAGGUUUCUAGUUAUUGCCUUAUUUUGACUGCGUUACUCUUAAACGGGUCAUUUAAAAUAGCUCUUCAAGUAACACUUCAUGGUUUUUCCAUUCCUGAAUACUCACGCUAAUUCCUGUAACUUAGGGAUUAAGAAGUACAGAAUGUUAGAGAAGAUCCUUAUGUUUUAGAUCUAGUAUGUCUGUGAUAAGGAAAUGUCAGUUCUUCAUUUGAGACGUAUUCUCAAAUUGCCCUCCUUUUUUUUUUUUUUUAACUGCAAAUGACAGAAACACCCCCAUGGCAUUAGCUGGAAACAGAUUAUUCAUUAUACUGUAAAUCUCUGUUUACAAUGUCCUACUUUCUGUCCUGCUGCCUGGAGGAUAUGAACAAAAAAUAGCUCUCUAGAACAUGUCACUUGGUUCUCCCCUAAAGAAUUCAAUUUACUAGUACCUACAUUUUUAAACUGUUGAAACUGGCAUAAAUAUGUUAUAAAUUCCAUGGUGACCCAGACCCAAGGAAAUACUUUCUGAAUUGGGUUUCAUUCAGUUACUUCCUACUUCCGUUACUGGAUCUGGUGUCUUCUAAAAUGUAAGGAACCAGUUAACCAGUUAUUAAUGAUAAACCAUCUGCUCAUUAUAAACCCGAGGUUUAACAAAUAAGUAAUACAUGCUCUAUUUAUUCAAGUGUCUAUUGCUUAAUUGUUAGUUGUGAGCAGAUUAUCAAAUGCCUACUCUGUUUUCUGCAGUUUACUAUACAGUAACUCCUUGUGCAAUGAGUUUAUAUUAGAAUACAAUUUAAAGUGUUUUACUCUAUAGCCUUUUUGACUGGGGAAGCAGAGGGCAGUGUCAAUUAGUACAUUUUGUCUUGUACUAGCUGUGUUUCUAUGAGAUAUGGUGCCCCAGUGAAUCCCAGAGAGUUAGAAAACUUUGUUCUUUGCUCCUGUUUGUGGGUUCUGUUUUUGUGGGUUUUUUUUUUUUUUUUUGAG